AACUUGAUGUUUAUUGUCUUAAGAGAUGGCACAGGCUUCCUUCAGUGUGUCUUGUCAGAUGAACUGUGUCAAUGUUACAAUGGUGUGGUCCUUUCAACUGAGAGCACUGUUGCUAUAUAUGGCAGCCUCACCCUGGUUCCUGAAGGCAAGCAGGCUCCAGGAGGUCACGAGCUCAAUUGUGACUACUGGGAACUCAUUGGUCUGGCUCCAGCUGGAGGAGCUGAUAACCUGGUCAAUGAAGAAUCAGAUGUAGAUGUGCAGCUCAACAACCGGCACAUGAUGAUCCGGGGGGAAACCCUGAGCAGAAUCUUGAAGGUGCGCUCCACCGUCAUCCAGUGCUUCCGAGACCACUUCUUUGACCGCGGAUAUUAUGAAAUCACCCCACCAACCUUGGUUCAAACGCAGGUAGAAGGAGGAUCAACCCUGUUCAAAAUGGAUUAUUUUGGCGAGGAAGCUUAUCUGACACAGUCAUCCCAGCUAUAUUUGGAGACUUGCAUCCCAGCCUUGGGAGACACUUUCUGCAUUGCCCAGUCCUACCGAGCAGAACAGUCGAGGACACGUAGGCACCUCUCCGAAUACACUCACAUUGAAGCUGAGUGCCCUUUCAUGAGCUAUGAAGACCUGCUGAACCGUUUGGAGGAUCUCGUCUGUGAUGUGGUGGAUAGGGUCCUCAAAUCCUCAGUCUCUGAUUUAGUGUACGCCCUUAAUCCGAACUUUGAGCCUCCCAAGCGCCCCUUCAAGCGGAUGAACUACACAGAAGCCCUGAUAUGGCUCAAGGAACAUGAGGUGAAAAAGGAAGAUGACACCUACUACGAGUUUGGAGAUGAUAUCCCAGAAGCUCCAGAGAGACAGAUGACUGAUGCUAUUAAUGAACCAAUCUUGCUGUGUCGAUUUCCUGCUGAGAUUAAAUCCUUCUACAUGCAGCGGUGCCCUGAGGACGCCCGUCUGACUGAAUCUGUUGAUGUAUUGAUGCCUAAUGUUGGUGAAAUUGUGGGAGGCUCCAUGCGUAUUUGGGACAGUGAGGAGCUACUGGAAGGUUACAAGAGAGAAGGAAUUGAUCCCACCCCUUACUAUUGGUAUACAGACCAGCGUAAAUAUGGCACAUGUCCUCAUGGUGGUUAUGGAUUAGGCCUGGAGCGAUUCCUCACCUGGAUUCUGAACAGACACCAUAUCCGAGAUGUAUGCCUAUACCCUCGCUUCGUUCAGCGAUGCAAACCCUAAUCCAUAGUUUCUUGAUGGACAAAGUCUAUCCAACCUUAACCAGUUUCCUCCUCAUAGUUUCAUGUCUUCAUCCCACAAAUACCUGCAAAUGUUUUUUUUUUCCAAAUGAAAUUAUAAUUGCUUUGAACUGGAAUUUAAAUUCCAGUAUGCUGAUUCCAGAAGUGUCUUCCCCUUUCUUGGGCUCAACCUGGUUUCAUUCUCAUGUAUUCUUUUAGCAUAUUUAAAAACCAUUGAUUGCCAGUGGAAACUAGCUGUGGGCUGAACUGCAAGGUCAUACAAUCUGUAACAAUACCUUGUAGACCUGGGCUCUCAGAAAACUAUAAAGAAAAAAUGCAAAGCAUCUCAUAGGAUUUAGGAUUUGAUUUCAGAUUUAGGGAAAAUGAACUAUUCAACAUUGGUAGACUUUGCCAAUAUGGAUAGCAGAUGUGAGUUGCGGGCAGAUAAAAUUUUUUUUUUUUAAAAAAAAUAAAAAAUACAGGGGUAAAAAGGACAAUUCUAGCCCAGUUUUGACCCACUACUUUAGGAUCUUAGAAAUAGUCUUCUGAGCUAUCUUAAUAGCAUUCAGUACUUUCAUAAGGAUGACUACAUAAGCUUUCUGUAUUUUACGGUUAAUUAGCUUGCAUUUCAAGAUCUGUGUAUAUGGGUUAUGUUAAAUGGUUAGUUCAGAAAAAUACUUGAUGUCUUUAUUCCUCCCAGCGGAGCUGGCAUUGAAAAAAGCUGACUGUAUUACUACACUCUUGAUAUUUCCUAGUCUGCAAGUAACUGGGCCGAGUUGUGUUUAACUUUCCUAUAAAUAUCUUUACUGACAUAGUUGAAAUGUUAACUGCCUUUGAGCCACCAAAACAAUUAGAAAAAAAAUGUAAAAGGGACAUAGGAGAUUCUGGAUUUCCAGCUCUGGCAGAAUUCUUUGAUGUACAUUUUAUCUCAACUUUACACAUUUCUGUUAACUGCCGUGUCUGUUCCCAUUUCAAGAGCAGCAAUCAAUAAAUUCAGAGCAUUGGAGGGGCAAAAGUAUUCCA